CGACCACGUCAGAUCAUAGAUGAAGUUCGCGCGGAGAUGCCAGUGUAUGCUGCAGUAAAGAUGUCCUCUUACAAUGCUCUUGCCAAAACCAUUGGACGCCAAAGAAAAGCGGAAGGUAUCCCUACAGGUCGUGUAAUUUGCUUGGCUGAUAUCGAUGGCAGUUAUUUUCUGAAGAGAACAUCGCGCAAUGAAUCUGUGCUAAUUGCCGAUACUGGUGCAGAAGACAUUCAUCGGAUUAUUGUGUUCGGAGAUCCAAAAUGCUUUGUUUAUCUGGACAGAACCAAUAUUUGGCUCGGUGAUGGCACCUUUAGCGUCAGCCCGCCUGUUUUUACGCAGUUGUACACGGUGCAUGGGGAUGUUUGUGGUGCAACGGCUCCGCUUAUUUAUGCGCUACUGCCAAAUAAAUGUGAACUCAUUUAUCGACGCUUUUUCACAAUACUCCGAGAAGCGCUGGUGCAGAAAAGUGGAUCUGAAGAAGUCGGACCCGAAUACAUGUUGAUGGACUUCGAGCAGUCAGCAAUCAUCGCGUUCCGAAAUGCUUUUACGACGUCAAAAUUAAGAGGUUGCAACUUUCACUUCGGACAAAGCCUAUAUCGCAAACGUCUUGCCCUGGGACACGGACCCAUUUAUGCGACCAAUGCUGAGUUCAACAUUUCCUGUCGCAUGCUUUUUGCACUCGCGUUCGUGCCGGUACAGGAUUUAGAACGAGCCCUUGUUGAACUGCUGGACGCGCCGUUUUUUCCCUUCAAACACAACGAUCUGUUCAUCGGGUACUUGAAAACAACAUACGUUGGUGAAACAACAACUAUGUUUCGAGUAACCGGAUGUCGCAUUAAACGGCCCCUAUAUCCUGUUGAAUUUGGAGCUGUGUGGAUAGACUUGAACAGGAUAUUCACCGUACGACCAAUCGCUUAGAAGCGUGGCAUCGCACGUUUUCGGAUGUCAUUAACAAAGACCAUCCCGGUAUCUAUCAGUUUUUUAACCUACUGUGUCGGGAAAUUGUUCACCAGCAAACACAGGCCGCUGCACGCAUGGCAGGUGAAAUACCUAAACAGAGGAAGCAAUACCUCGAGGUCACCAAGCGGCUUAAAAACGUCGCGUCCAGCUACGGGCAAAUGGAUACUAUCAGCUAUCAGAGAUCGGUUGCCAUUAAUCUGGAAAUCAUGUUGUAAAGUUCUCAUGGACAGACCGCAGCGCAGCAGCUUGUCGUAUAAUUCGGACUUUACAAGUUAGCUUCACUCUCACAAUCGCUUAUUUACUAAUAUUAAUAUUAUUAAUUAUAAGUCGUAUUUGUACGAUAUUUAUUAGAAGUAAUCGCCUUUCAAUACGUUUCUGCUGAUUAUUUAACCGGGCAUGGCAGGUUGUCAGUAAAGGCAUGAAUGGGAUGUUAUUUGUUAGUUUGUCUGUUCUUCUUGUAAUAUCACACAG